AGACGUGUACGUCACAUUUUGCGAUCAUGUGACCUAUCACGCGCAUCGUUUGGUUCAAUAUGGCGACCAUGAUGGCGACGGCUUCGUCUGUUUUCCUCAGAGUGAGAACUGGGUCGAAGAUAGGUGCCCAAUAUGACCAAGAAGGCAACCUUAUCCAGGUGGAAACCAGAGAGGACGAGGAGCAGAGUUUCAAACUUUCGGAGAUCCUGGAGCUCCUGCUGGCAGCUGGUUACUUCCGAGCCAGGAUAAAAGGACUGUCACCUUUUGAUAAGGUGGUCGGGGGUAUGACCUGGUGCAUCACCACAUGUAACUUUGACAUUGAUGUGGAUCUUCUUUUCCAAGAAAAUUUGACGAUUGGCCUUAAAAUAGCCCUGACAGAGAAAAUAGUUUCUGUUUUGCCGAAGAUGAAGUGUCCUCAUCACCUUGAACCCCAUCAAAUUCAAGGAUUGGACUUUAUCCACAUUUUUCCUGUGAUACAAUGGCUGGUGAAACGAGCCAUAGAAACGAGGGAAGAGAUGGGUGACUAUGUGAGAGCUUACUCCAUUUCUCAGUUCCAGAAGAUCCACAGCCUCCCAGAGGAUGAAGAGUUUCUCCAGCAGAAAGAUAAGGCUGUGAAAACAGUUCUGGAUGUACUGGAAAUGUACAAACCGCAAAGAAAGUACAGGAGGCAGAAGGAUGCAGGACAGCUUCUGGAUGAAGAGUCCAGGGUUCAUUCCACCCUGCUGGAAUAUGGCAGGCGAUAUGGUUUCAGAAAGCAGUCCAAACAAGAAAAGGUGGAUGAGGGAAAGGCUUUGCUGGCCAGCGGCUCUCAAGUGACCCCUCCUGGAAUGAUAGAGGUGUCAGAAGAAGACGACCUGCAGGCAGCAGAGGAGAUGCGAAUCAAAACUCUGAUGACCAGCAUGGCUGCUAUGGUGAAUGAAGAGGGGAAGCUGACAGCGAGUGCAGUGGGUCAAAUAGUUGGACUGCAGUCUGAAGAAAUCAAACAGAUUGCCUCUGAGUAUGCUGAGAAGCAGUCAGAGCUGAUCUCAGAGGAGCGUUCAGAGCUCUACGGUCCAUUGCAGCAACACCACAGGGCGGUCGCCUCGCUCACCAAACAGAUCCAGCAAAAAACGAAACAAUUGGAGGAGCUAAAAGCCAGCCAUGCAGAGGUGAAGACAGGCUGUGACGAGGUCAAGAGAAAACUGAUGGAGGCAACACAGCUCUUGGAGAGCCUGGAAAAAGAGGUCAAGUCUCUAGAAGAGCUGGAGGAGCAGGCUGACAGUGGCUUGUUGCAGAAGCUGAGGGCUUUGGUAACAAUGAAUGAGAACCUGAAGCAGCAAGAGCAGGACUUCCGCACACACUGUAGAGAAGAGAUGGGCCGUCUGCAGCAGAACAUUGAAGAGUUGAAAAUGGCAUCAGGACAGGAUACAGAGGAAAAGGAGAGGAACCAACUGAUAGACAAACAGUACAAUGCAGACCGAGAUAAACUACAGAAGAUCCGUCUGGUCAUGGCUCGGAGGAACCGUGAGAUCGCCAUCCUGCAGAGGCAGAUUGACGAGGUGCCAAGCCGGGCCGAGUUGACCCAGUACCAGAAAAGAUUCAUUGAACUCUACAGCCAAGUUUCUGCAACACACAAAGAGACCAAACAGUUCUUCACACUGUAUAACACAUUAGAUGACAAGAAGAUUUAUCUUGAAAAGGAGGUGAAUCUGCUGAAUUCUAUUCAUGACAACUUUCAACAGGCCAUGUCAUCUUCAGCAGCCAAAGAGCAAUUCCUCAGACAGAUGGAGCAAAUAGUGGAGGGAAUCAAACAAAGCCGGAUCAAGAUGGAGAAGAAAAAGCAGGGGAACAAAAUGAGGAGAGAUCGGCUGAAUGAUGAAUACCUGGAGCUGCUCGAUAAGCAGAGGCUUUACUUCAAAACUGUCAAGGACUUUAAGGAGGAGUGUCGGAAAAAUGAAAUGCUGCUAUCUAAGAUGAGAGCCAAAGGAGCUUCUUAGCCCUGAGUCCAGCGUAAAAAGUUAUGAUAUAAACAAAAUAUUUCUUCUCAUGAGCUUAAUUAAUCAUAGUUAACUGUUUUGUUUUUUUUUUACAUUACACACGUUUCAUAUAUUAUAUUUACACUGCGGCAUUCACAUGUUCCAAAUCCAGCUGCCUGAAAAACACAAAGAAACCUUUUAACGUAUCAAGUCAAAAGAAACUAUGGAGUGUUUGACACAUGUUGGCGUGACCUACAACUGAGGCGGAAUACAGCAUCUGCAACAACCACGAUGGUCAACAAAUACCAACCAAGUUGAAACUGUUGACUUUCAAAAUGAACCAUGGUUGGAAGCCUUGUAACGAUCCUCUUAAUCAGAACUUUAUAUCUGAUGACUUAUAACUUUUCACUGUGGGACCGACCAAUGUCAAAUUCAUUCAUAACUCAACUAACAUUAACUUCACACCUUCAAAGCUCUACUAUACAAUUGCUCUAGCUUGAGAAAUGUGUCAAUUUUGUUUCUGUUGAUCCCAUGUCUACUAAAGGGCCUUAACUUUUUUUCACUGAUAAUAUAUAUAUAUAUAUAUAUAUAUAGGGCAUUUAUGAACUUAAGUCUUGAAAGUCCAUCAUAGUAUUCCAGGUACUAUUUCCAGGUGAAACUUUAAGCAUUGCUCUUUGUUUGAUAUCCUUUCACAGUCAGGGUGCACGGAUUUCAUUCUAAUGUUUGAGCUCACUUUAUGUCUUAUAUUGCUUUCACGACCCAAUCACCAUAAAGUUCUUAAUAUAGCAGCAUUUAAUGAAUAAAAUGAUCUUAAGAAUUGAAA